GGCAGCUACGCUCACUCUGCUCCGAGCUGUCGAACGCGACGCACGCGCCUCCGCUUCGCUUCCUCCUUCUCUACGAGUUGUACACUCUCCACACUUAGAGGCAUAUUUCCCUCGCUUUCUCGCACCGAGUAUUAUCAUCAUCAUCAUCAAACGAGAGAGGAGGCCCGGUCUCGCAUCUCUCUCUUCUUCUGGGAACAUUCAGUCAGUCUGUUCGUGAACGUCCAACUACUAGUUCUCGCUUCAAGCCCGAAUCGAGUAUUAUUCCUGCUCGUAUCGUUCUCGCGCUGUUUGCUUUGGAUCUUUCAUCGACAACGCUCUUCUCUCGUGUCUCGCACACCAGCUUUCGCUCCUCGCCCCGUGCUAUCGCUUUGUUCCGAAUCGCACGAGCACACAGAUGUCUUCCGUUAGAACGUUCCACGUUUAAUCUCGCUCGUUUUCACUCCGAUCGUCGUCAAUUUUUCUCUCGGUGUCUCGUACUCGUUCGAAACGUAACGUAAAUCGAAAUCGAAUUUCUCCAAUUCUCCUUCGUAUUUUUUAAAACCGUAAUCAUUCUUGGAAAAGUUUUUCGUAUAUUAGUUUUUUUUAUCCGAACACGCCAGAUUCGUUCGAAAUUGAUAUUGGAUUUUUCGCUAUCGGCCUACGUGACUUCUCGUAACGCGUUUCUCUCGUCCAAUAGACGUUGAGAAGUCGAUCCUCGAAGAACUCUUGCAGGCUGGUUCGUCGAUAAAAUUGGAAUCGUUUUCCCCGAGGGAAACCCGUCCGCGUAUAUAUCCCCCCCCUUUCCGUGCGUACAAUCAGACAUUGUUGAAUGCCGUGCAACUCGAGAGCCUACGCGCUACGGUUGUCCUCGAUGGAGGAUGCCAAUCGGUCCGCGACUGAUCUCAGGGACGAUAGACGGGUUCGAGGGCAGAAUGGUGGAGGCAGCUGGAGUUGCGAGACGACUUAAAGGCUUUGCCGUGAUAAGAGAUUGUCGAGGUCGAGCCUCGUGUUCGGAGGUUCGGGCUUUGCGCGAGGACAGAGUGGUGCGGAAGGUGGGGACGCAAGAUCGUGUGGCUCGAAGAUCAAACGCUCCAGAUGGAAUCGCCUUCGGCCCAGGACCGUCUUAUUGAGGCCCAAGAAGAUUUCACCUCGGCGGAAUCAAGAUCGGAAACGACAACAACCGCGUCGACGGAGGAGCCGUCGACAAUCGCGGAGACCGAAUCAACGGGACGUGACGAGGAUGUUGUCGGCUCCUCGAUGACCACCGAAGCCGAGGAGGUGGACAAUAAUGGCAUCGUUGGUGAAUCCAUCGAUAACGAGGAAACGUUUGUCAGUGUAGAAUCGUGCGAGGCUUCGCUCGCUUCUCUCGAGACCUCGAACGACUCUUCGCCCGACCAAGGUCAACUAGAUUUCUCCGACAUGGGUCUUAAAUUGGGGAAGAGCGAGAAACGAUCCGAGGAUGAGGACGCGAAAUCGAGCGUAGAAGUGAAAUCGGACGAAUUAAUCGUCGAACAAGAUUGCUUAGGGGCGGUAUCGACGACGUCGACCACGAUAUUAACCGUAUGCACGACGUCGCAGACGACGGUAUCUGCGACGAUGCCGAUGUCAUCGUCGUCGUCGCCAUCGCCAUCGCCAUCACCAUCGCCGUCGCCAUCACCGUCGCCGUCUCCAUCGCCAUCGCCGUCGCCAUCGUCUUCGCCAUCGCCAUCGCCAUCGCCAUCGCCGUCUUCGUCGAUGAUUCAAUGCGCGGAGAAACAGACGGAGUAUUGCAAGACCAGCGACGGCGAAUUCGUCACCUCGUCGCCGAUAUGUAGAAAAAGACCGGCUACCGAUUUCCUGCCGAUCAACGCGGAGAUCAAGCGAAUCGGCGUCGAGAUGCCGGAGAACGAGUCGAACCAAGUAAGGAGGAUCUCCCCCGUGCUGGUCUCCCUUCGAGAGCGCACCCUCGGCGAGAUAUCGUUGUCCUCGGACUCGUGUCUGUUCGAUAACGACGUUGGAGGUCGGUGUAUCCCGAGGAAUAACAGGAUCCUCGAUGACUUGUUAACGAGUACUAACUGCAGAUUGUCGGCGAGUCUAGUGGACGACUCUUUUCAAACGGAUCACGAUACCGAGGCGAUAGAUUGCACGGAGGCCGCGGAACGCAGGAUCUGCAGAGUAGCGACAUCGUUGGAGGGUGAAUGCAGCAACGGCAGCGUCGAGCAGGCGCUGGCGGAGCAGAGCGAAAAGCUCGAGUACCCGGACCCGUUCAUCGACGAGGAUUCCUGUUGUUCCCUGUCGCGCGACAGCCCCGAGAGGAAUCUUAAAAAGUGCCAGGAGCCGAAGCAGUGCGAGGAGCCGAUCGACGACGAGUGCUCGUGCAACGCCGCUAUGCCCGCGACCGAUCCCUGCGCCAUUGCGCACGACGACGAAACCUCUAAUGAACUGAUAAAAAAUUCGUUACCCAAUUUAAUAGUUAAGGUGGAGCAGAUCGAUCUGUCCCGUUACUUGGCGGCCGAGCGGAAAGAUAAGAAGCGUAUGGUUAUCGUGCCCAAGAGGAAGCAAAAGAAGAGCGGCGAAUGCAAGGAUGAAGCCGAAGGUAACGUGGACGUAAGGACCGAUCCCAAAGAAUCGUUGCAGUGUUUUGUCCCAUUGUGCGCUUAUACGAACGAAAGUGAUGAAAAGACUGAGGACCAGGAGAAACAAGUAGACAACCCCGUUCUAGUGUCCACGUUGCAAACGGCGCAAGAGAAGUUGGAAUCAUCUCUCACCACCCCCAUCAAGGAGUGCAAGGUGCUGUUACAGAGGAUAACGUUGCCGAAAGCGGUGAGAACUACGGUGCAGACAUCGGAUAAGGAGGAAACGGCACCGAGAGCGAUAAUAGAAAAGUUGGCCGAGGACGAGGAGGUCGUGUUUUCCUUCCCCCUACCCUCCUCCACGAAUCUGCAAACGUUGAACAAUUUAGAUUCGAUCGAGGCGGCGAGACCAACCUCCCCGGAGGAGUUGUUGGAAUCUGGCACCGAUGUUCCAGAAGCUAUCGACACGGAGACGGAGACCGAGACUGGUUCCGAUAGUUCCGAAAUGUCGAGCAUGACGAACGUACGCCUAGGUGGAUGCGACGAUGACGCUGCUUCCGACCAGAUAUCCUGCCAAGAGAGCGAGUCCAUUUGUUGCGUCGAUAUCAAUCCGGAGAUCAUAUCGAGGCUGGAGCCCGAGAGACCGGAAGCUUUCACCGAAGAUUCGGCGGAAAGUUUGGCCCUUGCUACCGGUGCACGAGACGAAGUCAGAUCGGACGGAAGCGAUUCUGGCCUGGGGAGCGAGAUUCCUGGUGACCCGGGGCCCGCACCGGUUCCGGAAAGCGAUUCCGAGACUUCUUUCUUAGACAGGAUACCAGACGAUAUACUUUCCGACAAGGAAAAAGCAGUGAAUCAAUUGGAUAGCUUUGUACCGAACGUGGAUGUAUCCGACACGCCGCAGACGCCAUUGACGAAUUUUCGUAGUCCUUCGAAGAGUAAUCUGAAACGAAGAUUGAUGGAUUGUAUGGAAGGGGUUCCCAGCCCAAAGAGAAGCAACACGGACGAAUCGAUGAAAAAGAAACGCAAUAUUCAGUUCGAUGCGGUCACAGUUUAUUAUUUUCCCAGGGCACAGGGUUUUACUUGUGUACCUUCUCAGGGUGGCAGCACUCUUGGCAUGAGCGCAACGCACACUCAUGCCGAACGAUUCUCGUUGUCGGAGCAUGCGGCCGAGCAGAGGCGAAUCCAUCGUGCCAGGCUAGCUCAAUUACGCUCCGAGCGUGCAGCAAAUUGCGUAUCGGAGGCAGCCUCCAGUUCCGAGGAUCCCAGCGAUGAUACAGACGAGGAGCAAAGUGAUAACGAGGAUCUGGAUAUCGAUAGUUAUUACUUCUUGCAACCAGUGCCUACGUGGCAGAGACGAGCUUUGCUCAGAGCAGCAGGCGUACGUAGAAUAGACGCGGUCGAGAAGGACGAGUGCCGCGAUAUUAGAGCUAGCAGAGAACAUUGCGGUUGCGGGUGUAAAGGAUACUGCGAUCCUGAGAGUUGUCCUUGUAGCCGAGCUAAUGUAAAGUGCCAGGUUGAUAGAGCGGGUUUCCCUUGCGGGUGUACUCGCGAUGGUUGUGCGAAUAGUUCAGGCAGGAUCGAGUUUAAUCCAGUACGAGUACGAACGCAUUUCAUCCACACGCUAAUGCGGUUAGAGUUAGAGAAAAAGCAACGGGAAGAGGAAGAAGGCGCGGAUCACGACGCUUCCGACAAUCAAAACGGUAGAAGCCCGUUAAGGGAAAUCAAUUUAGGAUCCGUGAUGGAGAACAGGAGCACGGAAUCGUGUUUGAACGGCGGUGGAUUUACCACGCUUCAUUAUGAGAAUCACGAUGCCAGGGAUGGCGGGGCAAAUUGUCAGCCGGAAGUAUCCGGCACCAGAGAGGAUAGCCUGGAUUUGUACGCGAUCAGAGAUGAUUGUUAUCCUAGCGAAGAUACGGUCGAUGGUACGCAGGGACCUCAGAGGAAACUUCAUCCUGAAUUUAGUCAAGCUUUUCAAACGUUCUCGGGCCAAACAAGUGGCGGAGUAAACUUUCAACAACCUGCUUAUCAGGAUUAUCAGCCUUACGCUAAUCUUCCUUCCACGUCUAGGGUGCAAUUUCAGCCGCAAUUCCAAACGGUGCCAGGAAAUGCAGGGUUCUCACAUUACGCGCCUUACGGACAAGAUACCGGAUCGAUUCAGGGGAACUGCCAGGUCCAUCCCGGACAACAUUCUUCCAGCUAUGAAACUAGUUUUGCGCAAGAUGAAACGACCGGAUCGCAAUAUACAAAUUUAAAUUCGGUACAACCGAUGAACACUGUGGUCCAACAGAUGGGUAAACUGGAACCAUUUUCCGAACUUUUGUCUGGUAGAUAUUCGUAUUAUGGUGAAAUGGAGCCUCAACAGCACAGUACUUAUCACGGUAAUGGAACCAAGGUUGAGGUGGAAAAGAACCAAGCCAGCGAGCAGCAAUCGGAAAGUACAGAGGAGUGUGACGAAAAUUUUGGGGAAAUCAUAAAGAAAUCGAUGGUCGAGACUGUAUCCGCUUAGGUCAAACUGUAGAUACAAAAGAAUUGUCUAUGUGCAAGUCCGUCAAAACGUUUUUUGACCCAUAGUGAUUUAUAAUGAAAAAAAUAGAGUAAUUUCGACAAGUUUUCGUCGGAAACCUCGCGAAUAUAAAAGAAAAAAAAAGAAAAAAAUAAUAAUAAAAAAAAAAAAAAAAGAAGAAGUAUCCCGAUAAGAAGAAGGUACUGGAAUUUUAACCGGUUAUCCUUCCAUGCGUUAGAUAAAUCUGAGUAAAUUGUUUAUGUGGUUUUCGAACAGAACAAAUGUUCUCCUCGAGAAUCACUCGCGGUUAACUACGACGAGUCCCGUGGAUGUCGUUAGAAAAAUUACGCGGAUACGUGUGCGUCCGCCCGGGAUGGAGCUUUUGAGACAUCGUCCUUGUUCCUUUAUUAUAAAAAUCAACGAUUGCGUAAUUGAUUGAACGGAUAAGACGAUGUUCUCGAUAAACGUGAAGAGAAUCCAGGGCCGCCAAUUCGGUGAAGGAUUUUCGAGGGAAGGUCUUCGUCGAAAAUCUUCAUGAACAGUCUCCUUGAACCGACAACAAUUCUGUACAGUAUACAGAAUAAAUUCAACGAGGUUGUGACCAAGAAACAACAUAUGGGAUCAGCUUAGAUUGCAGUUUAUAAUACUUAACUUUAAUACUUUAAUCGUAGGAACGCGGGUCUCGCGUCUUUUUAAAAAAAAAAGAAAAAGAAUAAAACAAGUUUUUCGAAUGUGUGACAGCGGCGAUGGCGAAAAAAACUUAAUGUUUAAUUGCGACAAGCGAAAUCGAAAGGUGUCGGCAGGUGCUGACGCGGAAAGGGAAAAAGGAAAGAAAAAAAAAAAAAAAAAAGAAAAGAAAAAAAAGAAAAAAAAAAGACAUAUGCAUGUACACACAAAACACAUUUAUAUUACGACCACGAAAUACGAGAGCGAUUGUGAUAACCGUGCAUAUGUGAAAAUACAAUUUGCCAGGAUCGUAGAUUAAGAAAAAUAAAAAAAUAAAUUAUGGGACUUUUUUUAUGCCAAUUAGUAAGGGAUCGAGUUUGAGUGGUUUUUCAAUCAACGGAUAACGAUAAAAGAUAGAGACUUGAUACUUUCUCGUGUUGUAACGAAUGCACGUGCAUUAGGAUUAUAUAUGGAUGUACAUGUUUCGAAUGUUAGGGAGAUUAUAUAGUUGGUUGGCAUACGAAGCGCACGCUGUCUACAGAACACAUAAUAUUUAAGCCCUCGUAUAUAUUUUUCUCAUUUUUUUUUUUUUGUAUGACGCCUUGAAAUUGCAUCCCCCUUUUUAAUAUCACGCACAUUCUACAAAGCAAUGUAACAAAAAGUGAAUUUUUUUUGUGUGAAAAGGUAUAGAUAUUUUUUUAUUUUUUUUUUUUUAUCAAGAAUUCUCAUGCCCUUUCUCGGUUUGAUCAAUGGCUCAAUUUCAAUCAUUGCAAUUUCAAGGUAAUCGUUGAACAUGAACAAAAUAAAAGAAACAAAUCUGCGCGAAGUUUUUUAAUUUUUUCAAAAACUAUAUAGUAAACAAAAUCUAAUGGUAAAUAUAUCGUAUUCAGAUAUUCUUUUGCACACCCAUUGUUACUCACCUUGUAGAUUUUCAGACACAGACCUCUUUAGCAUCCCGGGACGUUGAUCGCUAUACCCACGAUUAAUUGAAAUAUUACACAUAAGGAAACAAUGAUAACGACGCUAGUAUUAAAUUUAUACAUACUUAUUGGACGUGUCAGCUCCCAAGCACUUUUAACGAUCUUCUAUUUCCGUGUUUUACACUGUGUUCAUCGUCGCUGAUUGGUGCCUAAAAUCGUUACGUUUGUUGUCAGUGUACAAUGAUAACGAAAUCUCAUUUUUUCGAAAAUAGAAGAAACGAGAGAGAGAGAGAGAGAGAGAGAGAGACGUAGAUUUAAAAGAGUUAAAAUGUUGCGAGGGAUGUGACACCUCCGUAUAACAUAAAUAUACAUAUAAACUACACGUAUGUAAGUAACUUUUAGAGUAUUUGAGUAAAAAAAGGCAUACAUAGUUGAUAGCGUUUUAUUAAAUGUUGUGAAAAAGUC